AUGGGGUGCGGGCAGAGCGAAGACACUAGUGAAAGUCCCUUUCUGCCUCUUCCAGGGAGGGUCCCUUGGGAGGGACAUCCCAAGCCCCCUCCCUCUAUCCCCCCUACCCGGGAACGGAAAAAGACCAUCAGAGGAGGGAGCGUAGCGCCCCUCUUCGCCGCCCUCCCCCUAACUGGGCGGACGGCGGAGGGGACGCGGGGGGGGUGGCGACACGAGCGGAAGCCCCCCCCUGCCCAAGCCCGCAGAGCCUGGUCCGGACUGGCCCCCGCGCCCCACCCGGGCGGCUCGGCUGCCCGGCCGAGGCGAGGGCAUCCCCGGCGGGCGCCGAGGUCAAGUGCAGCCGCGGCCCCCGGCCCCCCGCCUGCUCCCCUGCCCGCGGGCCCCGCCGCGCCGGGCCGGGCCGUACCUGCGCUGCUCCCCCGGGCUCUGCCGCCGCCGCUCCGAGGCUCCCCCGGUCUCCGCCGGCGCCGCCGCUCAGAACCCCCCGCCCCCCCCAUGGCUACACACAGCCAGCCCUCUGACGUCAGCGGGCACACAGACCGCCCACGUCACUGCGGAGACACAGCUUCCCGCAGACGCCGCCGCCACCGCCGCCGUCUCCGGCAGCCCGGGGGAGGGGCCGCGGGGGAGGGGGGAGGGGCGGGCCGCGCCGCCGUCCGCGCGCGCCCCCCGGCCCCAGCGUUCUAUUGUGGCUCUGGCCCCGCCCCGCGCUCCCCGCCCGGCGCGCCGCCGACGCCGGGCCGCGCGCGCCCGGCUCCCCUCCUCCCUCCCCCGCCCGCAGGGCUCCCUGGGCCUCGCGGCCCCGCGCGCUGUCUGGCCGGCUGGCGCGCGAGCCUGUCUGCGGUGCGCCCGGAGCAGACAGGAUGUUCCCUCCCGCCCCUCCCCGCCCGGCGGGGCUGCGGGGGAGGGGCCGAGCCAGCUGUCUGCGACCCGCCCCGCGGGGGCCCAGAGCCAGACCGCGGGGCGCCCCUGCCCCAGGGACAGGGAAGCCCCUCCCGGCGCCCCUGUGAGCCCCCCGCCCCACCCCCGCCAGGCGUCCCUGUAAGCCCCCUGUCCGAGGAGGCCGGGGGUAACCCCUGGCCCAGAGCAGCAUUUCCUAACAACCCCCCAGACGCCCCUGUAAGCCCCCUGCCCGGAGACGUCGGGGGCGCCUUUGCUCCAGAGAAAGGGCAGCUUUUCCUAACUCCCCCCAGGUGCCCCUGCAAGUCCUCCAUCGGGGAGGUCAGGGACGCCCCAAGUCGAGGGCGGCAUCCCCCCCCAAGCGCCCCCGUAAGCCAGGAGACAGCCGGGACAUCCUCCCCCACUCAUCCACCCCCUCUCCGAGCCCUUCCUGGUCCCUUACACAGGAUGGUCAGGAACACCCUUCCUCCAGCCGAGAACAGCAUCUGCUCCCCCUCCCCUUUCGUCCUUCCGAGCCCCCUACUCGAGAGGUCAGGGACAAACCCAUCGCCCUGGCAGCAUCUGCCCUCUCACCCCCCAAACCCUCCUCCAGCCUCCCCCCCCCGCUACUCCGAGUCCCCUGAGUGGGGAGACCGCGGGGCCUCCAGCCCGCCCCAGAAAACCACCUCUGCACCCGCAGACGGGAGCCCCGCCCCGACCUUGCCUCUGGCUGCCCCGGGCCCUCCCCCCACCCCCAGGCCCCUGGACUCCUGCCCCGGAACAGGGCGCGCUCCGAGGCUCCUCGCCUGA